UUGUGGGCGCAAGACGUGGGCCUGAUAACUCCACAGGCAGUAGUGCUGGGGAAGAGCGAGCUCACCAGCCCCGGCUGGAAGACCUUGGGAGAGUAGCAGGGUUGGGUUGGUUCUCAGAUUUGCUUUGCCCCAGGCUGUGUGAUGGGUGCAGAGCCUGGGUAAAUGAAGCUUUCCAGCUCGAGCGCUCCCAACCUGGGCACACACGGCCUCCUGUACUGCAAGUGGCAGUUUUGGGGCAUCCCCCCUGCUUGGGGCAACCCAGGGGCGCAGGGCGCGGCCCAGGAGCACAGCUCCUUCCAGGGCAGAGGGCGGUGCGAGGGAGGGAGCGAGGGAGGGAGCGAGGGAAGGGAAAGGCGAGCGUGAGCUGCCUCAAAUGCUUGGAAUAAUUCCGCUUCCGUUUGGAAAGCCGCAGCCUCAGCCCGCCGCCGCCGCCCGCCGCGUCAGCCCAGCGCCAGCUCCGCGUCCCGACCGGCCCGCGGCUGCCUGAGCCGCGCCAUGGCCACCUCCCCGCAGAAGUCGCCUUCUGUCCCCAAGUCCCCCACUCCUAAGUCGCCUCCGUCCCGCAAGAAAGAUGAUUCCUUCUUGGGGAAACUCGGAGGGACCCUGGCCCGGAGGAAGAAAGCCAAGGAGGUGUCCGAGCUGCAGGAGGAGGGAAUGAACGCCAUUAACCUGCCCCUCAGCCCGAUUCCCUUCGAGCUGGACCCCGAGGACACGAUGCUGGAGGAGAAUGAGGUGCGAACAAUGGUGGAUCCAAACUCACGCAGUGACCCCAAGCUUCAAGAACUGAUGAAGGUAUUAAUUGACUGGAUUAAUGAUGUGUUGGUUGGAGAAAGAAUCAUUGUGAAAGACCUGGCUGAAGAUUUAUAUGAUGGACAAGUCCUGCAGAAGCUUUUCGAGAAACUGGAGAGCGAGAAGCUAAAUGUGGCUGAGGUCACCCAGUCAGAGAUUGCUCAGAAGCAAAAACUGCAGACUGUCCUGGAGAAGAUCAAUGAAACCCUGAAACUUCCUCCCAGAAGCAUCAAGUGGAAUGUGGAUUCUGUUCAUGCCAAGAGCCUGGUGGCCAUCUUACACCUGCUCGUCGCUCUGUCUCAGUAUUUCCGGGCACCAAUUCGACUCCCAGACCAUGUUUCCAUCCAAGUGGUUGUGGUCCAGAAACGAGAAGGAAUCCUCCAGUCUCGGCAAAUCCAAGAGGAAAUAACUGGUAACACAGAGGCUCUUUCUGGGAGGCAUGAACGUGAUGCCUUUGACACCUUGUUCGACCACGCCCCAGACAAGCUGAAUGUGGUGAAAAAGACACUCAUCACUUUCGUGAACAAGCACCUGAAUAAACUGAACCUGGAGGUCACAGAACUGGAAACCCAGUUUGCAGAUGGGGUAUACCUGGUGCUGCUCAUGGGGCUCCUGGAGGGCUACUUUGUGCCCCUGCACAGCUUCUUCCUGACCCCGGACAGCUUUGAACAGAAGGUCUUGAAUGUCUCCUUUGCCUUUGAGCUCAUGCAAGACGGAGGGUUGGAAAAGCCAAAACCGCGACCAGAAGGUACUUUGCUCUUUCCUGGGUUUGUGACAACAGAGACCCUCUCCCUGCACACAGACAUAGUCAACUGUGACCUGAAAUCUACACUACGAGUGUUGUACAACCUCUUCACCAAGUACCGCAACGUGGAGUGAGGGGCUGCCCUGGGCCCCCCACUGCCCAGGAGCUCUUGCUGUUGGCGUACUGGACCCUCCUCCGAACUGUCUUACCCUGCUUAUUCCUGUCUCUUGCACUGUGCUCUCCCACAAGUCCAGCUGCAACCCAGAGAUAGUAGAAAUUGAAAUUAGGAAGGAAAUGAUCAUAACUCAGUGGGCUGACCCAUCCCUCCCAGGCCCUGGGGACAACCUAGCAAUGAAGGUUGGGAAGGUUGUUCCCAUCCCGGUGCCAGGUCCACAUUUCCCUCCAUGAUUUGGGAACCAGCUUAGGCAAAAGAGUCCCCAGAAAUGAAAAUAAAGAUCCUAGUUACCUUUCAAAGGGUGCUAACUAUGUGUCAGGCACCACACUCAGUGCUCUGCUCUGAUAUACUCAAGGCCAUUAAUCUUCAGGACUCCCAUGGAAGUAGGUGUUACAAUCCCCUUUUACAGAUGAGGAAACUAAGGCUCGGAGGUUAAAUGACUUGCCAGAAGUUGGCAUUUUUUUCCUCUUUGAACAUAACCUCUCCCUUCUCCCUAAAGGUAACCACUAUUCUGAGCCCAGUCAUCAAGGUUUUGCUUUUCUUUAUAAUUUUAUUACCUAAGUAUUCAUUCCUCAAUAGUAGACAGUACAUGUUUAUAACAAGCCAAUUGCAUAUGUUCUUUACAUAUUCUAAAGUUGUGUAUAUGUGGGCACAUACGAGCACGUGCAUAUGUACACCUGAGCCAAAAAGACGAGAACCCACCGAUCUCACCACUGGGGCAAGCUAGGUCAGAGCUUAGUGAUUCACACUGAAAUUGGCAAAUUGGAUUUAACCCAAUUAAUAGUGUGUGUGUGGCAGGAGUCAUGUCCCUCAAAUCCUUUGUACAAAUGAAAAUUACUCUUAAUUCCAUCAGAUUUAUAAUAACUCUGUACUUUGGUUUCAGGGUGACAUUUGGGAAGGAUUCUGUUUAGAAUUAAUGGAGUGGCACAUUUUGCAGCCUUUUUGCUUGAUUGCAUGUAAUGGAAAUGCCCUAUAUUUUCCUGCAAAAUAAGUACUAAAUUCAUUAUCGUUAAGCAAAUGUACAAUAUGCUCAGGCACUACAGAGAGCUGGGCACGGGCCCAUGUAAGCAUCGCUUUGGAAGUAGGGCACUUCAACAGGGACCCUUGAACUUUAAAGAAAGGAACUUCUUUUUGCCUUCUAAUUGAUCAUUUGGACUAUUCUGGCUAAGUCUGUCCACAUGUAAUUACCGGCUAAUUCAGGCGAGGAAAAAUGUAAGUCAUUUAGACCAAAGCCAAGCAGUUUCUUUGCGUGGGUUACUCAAGGGCUUGUGGUUACUUGUAUCUCCUCUAUGUGAACUUGACUUUGAAAGACAGAGCUCUAGUGUGCCAGCCUACUAGGUCUUGUAAGAAUAGGGAAGGGGCAGAGGUGGGUGGGCAGUGACUAGGGGACGAGAAGCAUGGGAAAAUAUUUGCACUCUAAACAUAUAGAGAUAGAGGUGGGACUUGUGGUACUCAACACUUGUAGCCUUCAAUUGACUGAGGCUUUGGGCUAAAUCAUCAAUUGUGCUGAUAUCCAUCUCAUUAUGGAAUGUUCCUAAAUAUGCCAGGUAGACACCAGCCCAAGUACCCUCCUCCAGAAGUCUGUGACUACCUUGUCACUACUUUAGGCCCACUCCACAAAGCGCAUCUCUGGUUUGAGAAAUUCAUUUUGAUCUGUAUCUACACCACCCAAAGUUAGGCCUCCUAUAGUGUCCAAAACAUUCCUUUCAGCCUUAUUUCUUACUGUACUGUCUAUCUGCAGUAAUUCAGGACCCAUAAAAUUUAGAUAACUACAUGUCUUUGCUCUUAGAAUUGUCACUCAGCAUAAUGAGCAUUUAACAUACAAAGGCAAUGUACUGUUUUGUGUUGAUCUAUGUAAAAGAAUACAAUUCUUUUUUAUGUAAUUAGUGAAAUUUUAUUUUUUAUUAGGAAACACUAAAUAGUGUAAUAUUUCUUUUGCUUUUUAAAAAAUUCCUGGUAGCAAAUCAAGAUAAAUAAUUGCUUAAUUUUCUUGAGCAAUACUGAAGCAGGAUGAAAUAAGAGGAAUGCAUUCAUUUAAACAUGCUUCGCUUUAUGAAUUUUGUCUCUUUUUUGGUCUUUUUUUCUUAUAUUCAAGUUACAAAUGUACAAGUGUCCUUACUAAGAGUGCUCCUUUUGUAUUUUACAUAUACACAGUAUGAAAAUACAUUGGAACACUAGGAAAGUUUUUAAAUAACAGUUCUAAUUUAUCAGAAAAUUGUGUGGGGGAUUGAGUUCUUUGACUCAGCCCAGAAUCCCACGUCCUGGGCCUGGUUUUCUAACGCGGUCAUCUCAUCUCGAUAUUUUACUUUAGAAUCUUAAUAUAUGACCAUGACUUUGAAAGCCAAAAGAGGAAUCAACAAGAAAUAAAACAAACCUUCAUCUUUAAAUAAAAAGAAAAAAGAAAGAAACCAAAAUGAGAAUCAACACUUUAUAGUAUAGGCUCACGGGGUUUUGUUUUCUUUUCUCUUAAUUUAAAUUCAGUUAUUUUUAAUGGUUAAUACAUAAAUGGUGCGAAAUUUAAAAAGCGCAAAUAGAUACCUAGUGGGAAACCCAAGCCUCCCUCUCUCCUCCAGCACCCAUUACCUCUCCCUGGAGGCAACUCUUUUGAUCCAUUUCUUACACACACUGCCAGAGAUACUCUAGGCAUGUAAAGCACAAACAUACAUAUAAAAUCUGCGGGCUUUUAAAAAUAUAAGUAAGAUGUCAUACAUACUGUCAUACACAUUCUUUUUUACCACUUAAUGUUAUAUCUUGGAUAUUGUAUUACCUGGAUAUUAAAAAGAACUCCUUUCACAUUUUAAAAUAACAGUCUGAGCACUUCAUAAAUCCAAAUGCGUAUCUCCAGUCUGCUUGAGCUAGGAAAGGAAAAAAGCCCGAGCCGAAGGAGGAAAGGCUGCCUAGACAGUGAUUUCAAAAGUAGAGACUAAAACCUAUGGAGUGCGGGACCAGAGGCUGGGGCGCAUUAUCAGAGGCAUCCUCAUGUGCCUUCAACUGAACGUGUUUAAGUCCUCUUUUGGAAUAUUAUGGUGAAUUGUAUGCAGAUUGGUGAAGGCUUCAUUUUUACAUAUUACCAGGACUACUAAUUUGUAAUCUACUAAGCAUCACAAAGGUUACUACAUACCCUAUAAUUCUGUGCUAUAAAGUCUAGCUGCCAGCAGUGCCGUGCUCGCCUGCUAUAUUAGAAGGCUCCAGUUUCACAUGUGCAGCACAGAGAUGACAUUGCCUGAUCUGGGAGAAGGGUUCUUUAUCAGCACAUCAUCAGUGUUGCCUUGAGUUGGUUGCAAUUUUCAAUUGCUGCUAUUGGUACUUUUUAAUUAUGAAUUACUGUUAGCUUGCAUUAUCAUCAGUUUAUUUUGUUGUGGGUUGCUUGGUUAACCCUACAGAGUAUACUUGAAGCUUAUUUGCAUCAACAGUAUUUUGGAGCUGUAAUUUUUCAAUAGUUAGACUCUAAGACAUGUAUACAUUGUGGUUCAAAUAGGAAUCAUCCAUAGUCCAGUGUUAGAACAAAUGUAUACAUAAUCCACUCCCCACAAAUUAUCACUCAUUUAUUUUUCCACUGGAAGAUAAGACUAGAUGGAGUUGGUGGGUGAAGCAGUUUUGCCCUGCCUAAGUGGAGGCUGAUCAAAACUAAUUUGAGGUCCCCUGCCUUUAACACAGCUCCACCUCAGGAAUCUUACCUUUAUAAUACAUCCUAGAUAUGCAAGAGGGAUAUGUCCUGAAAUCUUCACUAAUUCCAAGAUGGCAUGUCAUUUCCCCCCAAAAAAAAUUUGUUUAACUCUAUUAGAAAAUCACAGAGAACUGCUGCAACUGCUGAAAACAAGAGAGCUGCAGAGCUGCAAGGCUGGGUAGGGUAGGUAGACUGACUCACCACCUAUGGGACCUGCCUUCACACAUCAGCUUCCCAAAUACUUGCAGAUUUGAGUCUUACCAAAAGACAAGUCAGUAUGAGUUGUCAUAACUACAAAGGCUACAUUUACAAAUACCAGAGUUGUAAUUGUUUUUUUACUCUCUGCUCCCUGAAAACUAUAACCCCAGGCUAGCUUCAAACUGUGCAUAUAGCAUGCUUUACUACAGUGGUGGCUGCAUAUGUGAAUAUGUGCAUGUGUGUUCACGACAGCAGUGCAGCCAUGAGGGUGCUCAGUACAGGGUGAGCAGCCCCCAAACCAAGCCGGAUGACCUUGAGAACAUCAGGCUUCCCAGUAGGAUCCUGCCAGAAAGCAUCUCUUAAAAAUAAAUUCUACAGGAUAUUAGUAAAUGUUAGAUGGAAAAAAAAAAGUCACAUUUAAAUACGUUUAGGAAACAUGAGGUGAAGAAAGUUAGCUUACUGAGGCUUUUUGUUUUCUAUUUGGAGCCUACCUCAGAGCCCCCUACGUAAUGCAUAUUAGGACUCUGUGAGGGAAGACGGGAUACAAUGGGUGCCAGUCUUGUUUGGUCACAGGACCUGUCUGUCCCCUGAGAAAUUUCUAGAAUGAGUACUCUGAACUCAGGCCUUCAUUUAGUCAUGUAUUCGGCAAGUACGUGUUGAGUGCAGCAUGUCAAAGGGUGAGUGAGAGGUUAUAGUGUAGCAGGGGAGACAGAUGAAAAAUAACUCUGAAUCGAUGUUAGUUACAAAUUGUGACGACCGCGAUGGAGAAGUACUAAAAUCUGUGAAAGAGGUCUAAUGGAGAUUUGAGGUCAUGAGGAGUCUCUGGCAAAGCGGCGUUUUAAAGUAACCCCUCAGUCGUGGAGCUAUUCCAGUGAGGAGCCGGCCACUCCAGGGCGCAGCACGGAGGAGGAUCCCCAAACAAGAAGACCUGGCUCCGAGAGGAGCUGCGGGAAGCCAGCAUGACUAGAGGACACAGAGUGAGGGAGAAGAAGGAUCCGAUCGCAGGCAUCGGGAGUGCUGAUUUUUCUCAUUUGAAAACUAGGUUGCCAUUUACCUAUUAAAAUGUCCCACUGUGUAGGAAAACUCUGGGGAAAGCUACAUCAGUAAUACGGAGUCUGGGACUGCCCUUCUCAUGUCAUACCAUGGUUCUGGCUGGGGAACGGAGGAGACCAAGAGAGAUGAUCAAACCUGUGCCCACCCCAACACCAAUCUGGUCUCAGCAACCUCUGGGCAUCCCAUAGCUCCUCCUAACCUGCUGCUGCUGAUGGACAGGAGCUCCUGGACUACUCCCAGCCUCUCCACAAUGUGUCCUGAGAAGAGCUAGGGGAACUGGACAGAGCGGACAAGGCUGCAUGUGUGGAGGGAAGGCAAUAAGGGGCCUACCAGGCCAGAACGCUGAUCCAUGGAGACCAGCACUUCCAGCCCUCUCACCUCAGAGGAGGACUCCUGUUUUACCAAUGGCAGGAGCAGGAGUCCCACCAUCCAGCCUGUGGGCUUGACAAACUAUAAGCAAGCUUCCUGGAUGUGGAAUAAUACAUUUUCCAAAUUCAUACUAAUCAGCAUGAGCUAUACCUGCUACUAUGCCCACCACAUUAUAUACAGUCUACCAACAGGGGGUCACUUAAUGUUUCACAAUGUUUGGUGAAACAACUUUCAUAUGAAAGUACAGUUAUCCUUGAAUGAUAUGGGCAGUGACCCCUGAGCAGCUGAAAAUUUGCAUAUAACUUGACUCCCCCAAAACGUAACUAUAAUACUAAUAGCCUUACUGAACACAGUCAAUUAACACAUACCUUGUAUAUUAUGUGCAUCAUAUACUAUAUCCUUACCAUAAGGUAAGCUAGAGAAAAAAUGUUACUAAGAAAAACAUAAGCAAGAGAAAAUAUAUUUACUAUUCAUUAAGUGAAAGCAGGUCAUUAUAAAUGUCCUCAUCCUCAUGGUCAUCACACUGAGUAGGCUGAGGAGGAGGAGGAGGAGGAUGGGUUGGUCUUGCUGUCUGAGGGGUGGUAGAUGCAGAAAAAAAUCCAUGGGCUGGGCAUGGUGGCUCACACCUGUAAUCCCAGCACUUUGAGAGGCUGAGACAGGCAUAUCAUGAGGUCAGGAGAUGGAGACUAUCCUGGCUCAUAUGGUGAAACCCCUGUCUCUACUAAAAAUACAAAAAAUUAGCCAGGCGUGGUGGUACGUGCCUGUAAUCCCAGCUACUCAGGAGGCUGAGGCAGGAGAAUCGCUUGAACCCGGGAGGUGGAGGUUGCAGUGAGCUGAGAUCGCGUCACUGCACUCCAGCCUGGGCAACAGAGCAAGACUCCAUCUCAAAAAAACAAAACAAAACAAAAUCCAUGAACAAGUGGAUGCACUCAGUUCGAAUCUUUGUUGUUCAAGGGUCAACUGUAUAUUAUUUUCACUGGAAGUUUUGAAAUUCCAGAAAUAUGCUUGGAAAUCCCCUCUUGAAAGCUCCUUGAUUGGAAACCAGUCCAGUGGGUGGCUGGCCCAGAAUGAUGCUUCUCCUCGGUGGCCCCCUGAGCUGAGCAGCCUGUGUUCCUGCCUCAACUCCCCUGAACCCUCCUGAACUUUCUACACACGUGUGGGCACUGGCUUUGAUACUGGCAUUUAGAAGGGCACUUAGGAAAUUCAGAGAAGUACCCAUUAUUAAGAUAAAUGAUGUUUUAUCAAUGAAGCAGACUUUUCAUUUCUUUUUAUUGAUCUUCAUGUUUUCACAUCUUCAGAUGCAAUUUGUUAGCACAGGCCGGCAUUCCAAGACACACAAAUGUCAUUAAGGCAACUGCUUAAAGGAGUGUGAUAUUUUAUUGAGGUAGACAGGACAAUAGAUAAAUAUUUAAUCUGUUACAUGUUUGCUCUGUAUGGAGCCAGGAUUGGGGCUGCACAACUCUCUGGCUGCUAUGUGUCUUCCUGGAAACCCUAUCAAAGGCCUCACCACCUGCCUGCAGAAACACAGUGCCUGCCCUUGGCAAAUAGAUGUUGGUGUUUCUGAAAAACAGCUCCUGGAAGCUUUUUCUCCUUCAGGCUUUAGAGGUUACCCAAUCUUUCCUUAUGUGUGUAAUAUUGGAGAAUAUACACUCUCACUGAACUGAGGAUGUUUGACUUAAAAUGAUGGACAAUAAGAUAGUGAGCAGUAAGUGUGCUCUAGGCUAGGGUACAAGAGGCCAUGAGCUCCUCAUCUCUGUUCUGAGCUCUCUGAUCCACUGCACUUGGGGACAAGGGUAGCAUUCUCUGUGCCUCUCCUGAGUCUGUACUUUCUGCAUCAUUGACUCUCCCAGCUCUCUCUCAUAAUGUCCUCCUAGCCUGCAUUGGAAUUGCGUGUUGUCCAGACCCAUGACCAAGGCUGUCAUUGCCUGUGGGAGAGACCAAGCUCACCACCAAGGGCUUUUGCCACUUUGCUUUCACUUAACAAAAUUUGCCCAUUCAUGUGUCUUUGUUUACAGAUUAAAAGGCUUUCUGACCGGCA